GAGCAUUAGGUCCUUGAAGUCCUCUUAUCUGUUAUCUGUAUCUCAAUUUUAUUCACUAAAAAGUUUUCACUGAAAACCAUAUUUUCGUUGCGUUUUCUUAGUUCAGCGAAGAGAAAGUAAUUUGUUUUAUUUUACGGGAAAAUGUCUUUUGCCAUCACUUUCUCCAGAAGUCGUGUUUGGAAACUGAAUGUCAAUCGAGUGUUCAAAACAGUGUUCAAUAGUUAUGAAGCGACCAAUCGGUGCUUUUAUGCAAAACUAAUUACAAGACAUGCUUCAGACCGUCGUUAUAGUGAUAAACACGAAUGGCUGACAUUAGACUCGAGCAAAACCGUGGGAACCGUCGGCAUAUCGAAGUACGCGGAGGAAGCGCUCGGAGAUGUGGUGUACGUCCAGUUGCCUGAUGUGGACCAACAGUUUGAACAAAACGAUGAAGUCGGGGCCGUCGAGAGCGUGAAGGCCGCCUCUGAGAUAUUCACUCCCGUUUCCGGACGUAUCGCACAAAUCAAUGACAAACUCGAAGACAAACCCGGUUU